UCUCUGUCGCCGUGGGUCGUCGCCGCUUCUCUGCUCCUUGCCCUGGGUUGUCUCUGCUUCUCCCCUCCUCGUGGUUUCUGCUUCUCCCCUCCUCGCUGGCGUCGUUUCUGCUUCUAUGCUCCAAACUGUGUCUCACCAUCGUUGCUUCUCCGUCGUUGCUUCUCUUCUUCGCGUGGAGUCUCGCAGUCAAAGCGACUACCUUUCGUCGUGUCUCAAGUCUCUAGUCUCUGCUUCAACCCUCUUAGGUCUCAAGUCUCUUCUUCUCUACUUCAAGCCUUCAACCCUCUCAGGUCUCAAGUCUCAGUCUCUAACUCUCCCUGUUUCUAUCUCCCUGACUCUAUCCCUCUGAAAUUUGAAAUUUAUUCUGAACAUGCAUAUGAUGUAUAUUGAUUAUUCUGCUGAAUUUUGAGAUAUAAAUGUUUUGAAUUUUUAUUUGAAUUCAGUCCGUUCAUAUUGAAUUAAUUCUGCUGAGAUUGAGUUAUAAAUUCAAUUGUUUAAUUUAUUAAUCGGCUGAGAUUGAUUUUUAAAUUCAAUCUGUUGUAUUUGUUUUGGUGAAUUGUUGUUUUGCUGUUAUUGAUUCAAAAUAAAAACAUUGCCAUAAUUCUGUAUUGAAUUUACUAUAUGGCUUCAUAUGAUUUGGUUGAAUUAUGCUUGUGAUUCUUAGGUUGGAUACAUGCUUUGGAGAGUGCUUGAUUGACUUACAGAAAUUUACAUAUGGGAGAGUUAAUUUUUUAAUAAAUUUUAUUAUAUAUUUAAUUAAAUCUGUUCAACCACGGUUCAACCCCAUUGAACCAUUGAACCAGUUACUUAACCGGUUCGAUGACCGGUCCGGUUCUCGCAACCUUGGUUGUAACUUCAAGACCUUCAAGUGAAUGAAUGGAAUAAUUAACAUGUGGUUGGAAAAUUCAAAUGGAAACUAUGAAAACCUUUGUUUUCGCUUUGUCAUUGCUGAACUUGAGUUUAAAUCAAGAACUAUAUUUUUUAUUUGUUGAACUUUGAAUUUUGUUAGUUAUUGUGUUGUAUGACUGCAGUUUAUGAAAUUUAACGUUGUUACUUCUCAUAUAUUGGUAUUUUUUUUGCAUUUUAUUGGCUGAAAAUAGCAUAAAAACAGGUUUUUAGUACAUCAAAUAUGAUUUGGACAUGUUAGGAUUUUAAACUAGUUUUAAAAACCAAAAAAUCCGAACCAAACCAAUCCAAUUAAAUUCGGUACGAUAGGAUCAAAUGGUUUUUCCUAUCAAAACCGAGCCAAUUCGCAUCACGAAUACCCCUGGUUCCUGCCAUCUGCUCCAAUCUGCUAUUUCUGCUGUCUCUCUAAGCUGUUUUCUCUUAGUCUUCUACAUCUCCACACUUCAAUUUCAGAUCCCCAACAACCGCCGAAAAAUGACUCGCCAAGGAGCUUAUAAAGAAAGUGAUGACAUGCUCAUUGAUGAACCAAAACUGCCUCAGCAAGGCCAAAUCGCAGCCCUUCCUAAUGAGUUCAACCCCAGUUAUCUGAAAAUAUAUUACAGUAAGCUGUUUCCUCAUGCUGAUUUAUAUAGAUGGAUGUCAUACGGCAACGAUGGGAAGCAUCCUGCUUGUGAUUCAUCUUACUUGGGACGAAGGGAAUUCUCGUACACCCUAGAUAACGAUAUAUUUGUGCGCUACAAUACCUUCAAUAGUGCCGCUGAACUUGAAAACUCCAUCAAAGACAAGUGCCCGUUAAAGAUAGAUAUUGGACCCAUCUACAACCUCAAUCCUGCACAUAGGAAUGCUUAUGCUGGAGAUAAUGUUCUCACUCCAGUUGAGAGGGAGCUGAUUUUUGAUAUAGAUAUGUCAGAUUAUGAUGAUGUUAGAUACUGCUGCUCAGGUGCUGAUGUUUGUCUCAAUUGCUGGCCAUUAAUGACUGUAGCUGUCAAAGUAAUAGAUACUUCCUUAAGAGAUGACUUUGGGUUUAGACAUAUUCUCUGGGUAUAUAGUGGUCGGCGUGGUGUACAUUGUUGGUUCUAUGAUAGAAAGGCAAGACGGUUGACUAAUGAGCAGAGAGCAGCAGUUGCGAACUAUUUUCGUGUCUACAAGGGAAAUGAAAAUAACUAUAAGAAGGUUUCCUUGAUGGGUCAAGUUCUGCAUCCCUUUCUGGCGAGAUCAUAUACUGAAGUUCUCAAGGAAUAUUUUGAGACAAAACUGCUUACAAGUCAAAAUUUACUUUCUAGCGAGGAGAGAUAUGAAAAGAUCCUAGAGAUGAUUCCUGAUCAAUCUAUUGCUUCUGAACUUCGAGGAAAGUGGCAAGAAAGUAGGCGGUCUUCUAGUGUAAAAGAAGACAUUAAUAUUGUUCGAUGGGAGCAGCUUAAACAGUUGCUGCAAAAACACAAGGCACAAGGGGUGCGUAGGUGUGUUGAAGAGAUUGUGUUCACCUAUACAUAUCCUAGGCUUGAUAUGGAGGUUUCUAAACAUAUGAACCAUUUGCUCAAAGCACCCUUCUGUGUGCACCCAAAAACAGGCCGUGUUUGUGUCCCCAUCAACCCAAAUAAUUGUGAAGAAUUUGAUCCCACGACGGUGCCAACCCUUAUCCAGCUUUUGGAAGAGCUGAAUAGGGAGGGCUUGAGGUCUGAUGUUGAAGGAGAAUGGAAUAAAACUUCACUUGCAAAUGCCAUCAAGCUCUUUAGGUCAUCCUUCCUCCAGCCAUUACUGAAAAUUUGCAAGGAGGAAUUGGAAAGCUCCUAUAAUGCGAAACUACAGCAGUCGAAGAAUCUGCUUAGUUGGUAGUCUCACUUCCAUGAUUGGCCGUGUUCCUUUUGGAAGCCCAUUUGAAUUUAAAUGGGGGUCAACUCAUUCUUGAGAACAUGUAAGCUAUAACACAAGCAUUGAUAAAUUAUGUAUAGUCGUUGAAUUUCGAUUUUAUUUUAGGCUUCAUCGGAUAGGAGUUAGUAUGGGAUUGUAUUUGGAUGCUUCAUCAUAUGGACUUAUGAAAGGGAAGGGAGAUUCUGGGUUUCAGGUCUAUGUAAUGUAAUGCAUAACUCAAUUACAAGUUAUAACACAGAUGCGUGCAUGAGCUACUAGUUCCAUUUACAAGUUAUAACUUAUAACACAGAUGCUUACAUGAACUACUAGUUUCUUUUUCACCAUAGUAUAUGACCUGUGAAUGGGUCCUAGACAUGCUUUACUAUCAUCUUAAACUCGAAUGAAUGAUUUAUGAUGUAGGAUUUUGGAAGAAUGCACCAUAUGCUAUGUAGAUUAUUAUUUUUGUAUAGACAUUUAACCUAAUUUAUAUGUGGGAAGUGUUAGAUUAAAGACCACACUAAUUGCAACAGAAAAUAGCUGUUAAAAAAAUUUAUAAAAAUUUUAGAUAUUAAAAAUUGGGUUUUUUAUUUAAAUUAAAUAUAGUAUUUAUGAAAAUAAAUAAAUGUUGAAGUAAUAACAAAAAUACAUUUUCAGUCACAUCUCGAAUACUAAGGGUCUUUAUCGAAAAUGACCACAUCUUGGAUGCACAGACCCUGUUCUGUGUUCUGUGAUAGAGCUUUUGCGAGUUAUAUAUCUCGGAUACAACCAUGAAAUGAACAUGAGCAUAGAUCGGGUAUUGUGCAUUCGAGAUAUGCUUGUUUUGUGAUUGAGGUCGGUACAUCCGAGAUAAACGCAAUUAUCUAGUAUGGGGCACAACAUUUGAGAUAUGCGCAAUUGCGUAUGUAAGUCACAGUAUCCGGGAAGAACGUGGAUUAUAACCAUUUUUUCCAAAUUUGUGAGCUUCUGGACGUGUGAAAUCGAGUUCCUUGACAAGAUAUGGCCCUCCGACAAUA